AUGGAUUGGUAUUACGCCCCGUCCGAAUAUCUCCUGGAGAAGGAUCACAUCGACGAGUCUUUAGAAUCGAUCCUGCCCCAGCUAAAGGCGAGGAUCGUCGCGCUUUACAAGGCCCUCCUCCCAUACCAGAUAAAAAGAAUCUGCUCCUACUACCGCCACCAGGGUCUCGUUUUUCUCUGUGGCCUUGCCAACUGGGACGACUGGGACGCCGCCCUGAAGGCUGUCACGGACGCGGAAGAUGCCCUGCAGAGGGACUCGGACCAGUACAACAAGCUCCAAGCGAAGGAGGCAUUGGGCUAA